AUGAAUCGUCAGGAGCCGCAGUCGGACGAAUCAGUAACUUUAACUGUUGGUGGUAUCAGGUAUAAUACAACUACGCGCAUUCUAGUUAGGUAUCCUGACACUUUACUUGGCCGGAUGUACAAAGAUGAUAUCUUGAAGAAAUUCACAGGCACCAAUAAUUACACGUUCGGUCGCGACGGUAGAGUAUUUCACUAUAUUCUCGAAUUCUACAAAACAGGAAAUAUUUCCUGGCCUGAUGAAGAAUCACCAACCGACACCACAAGCAAUUACACCAGCACCACUUCUAUCACCAACAAUAGCGACGACAACUAUAUUUCAAACAAUAACAAUAACAAUAAAAUCACUCGACAACAAAUUGAAAAAGAAAUGUUAUUUUUCGACAUCCCUGGUGCACCGGCUCUUACAGAAGAAGAAAAGCUCAACCACUUCGCCUCAAUGUUGAUUGAAAUUGGUCUGAAAAUGAAAUGGUUUAUAAUAGAAUAUCAGAAAAGAAUAGCUGAUGUUGAUGUGAUAUUUUUCGACGGCAAGUCUGACGAAUCUCACCUUGCUUAUGGAAGAGCGCGUGCGUAUCAAUUUCAGGUGGACGGAUUUACGUUGUUGACAGGAUAUCAGAAAGAAAUUCAAGAUUGUAUGAAUAAGAUUGCGCCAAAGUUGGGAGUUGAUCUGGAUAUUGAAAAGCAUCGUGCUACG